GGCCGCGUACGUGAGCGCGGUGGCCCGGGGAGGGGGACGCAGGCUGGCCAGGUGGGCGCGAACCGGGCCUCGCGGGCGGCUGCAGCCGGAGCCUAGCCGCGCGAGUGGGAGCUCCGGCCCGCGCCGCGCUGGUAGCUGGAGCACGAGGGGAGCAGCAGCAUGGCCAGCGUGCUGUCCCGGCGCCUUGGUAAGCGGUCCCUCCUAGGAGCCCGGGUAUUGGGACCCAGUGCCUCAGACGGGCCAUCGGGGGCUGCCCUGCUCUCGGAGCUGCAGGUGGAGCUGCUGGAGGGUGCCGCUCCCCAGCCCUUCCUCGCCUCUAAGGACCCUCCCUGCCAAGAGCAGCCCAAGGAAGUCCUCAAGGCUCCCGGCACCUCAGGCCUCCAACAGGUGGUCUUCCAGCCUGGGCAGAAGGUAUACGUGUGGUAUGGGGGUCAAGAGUGCGCAGGGCUGGUGGAGCAACACAGCUGGGCAGAGGACAAGGUGACUGUCUGGCUGUUGGACCAGAAGCUACAGAUCUGCUGCAGGGCAGAGGAAGCGUGGCUGGCAGGGCUGCAGGGCCCUGGCCCCCAGGCGCCACCCCUGGAGCCUGGAGCUCAGGCGCCGGCAUACAGGCCUGUCUCCAGGAACAUUGACGUCCCAAAGAGGAAGUCGGACGCAGUGGAAAUGGACGAGAUGAUGGCCGCCAUGGUGCUGACGUCCCUGUCCUGCAGCCCCAUCGUGCAGAGUCCUCCUGGGGCCGAGGCCAACUUCUCUGCUUCCCGUGGGGCCUGCGACCCGUGGAGGGAGGGCGGCGACGUGUCGGACAGUGGCAGCAGCACCACCAGCGGGCACUGGAGCGGGGGCAGCGGCAUCUCCACGCCUUCGCCCCCGCACCCCCAGGCCAGCCCCAAGUAUUUGGGGGACGCCUUUGGUUCUCCCCAGACCGAUCACGGCUUUGAGACUGAUCCUGACCCUUUCCUGUUGGAUGAACCAGCCCCACGGAAGAGGAGGAACUCCGUGAAGGUGAUGUACAAGUGCCUGUGGCCAAGCUGUGGCAAAGUCCUUCGCUCCAUCGUGGGCAUCAAACGACAUGUGAAAGCCCUCCACCUGGGGGACACUGUGGACUCUGACCAGUUCAAGCGGGAGGAGGAUUUCUACUACACAGAGGUGCAGAUGAAGGAGGAAUCUGCUGCUGCCACCGCGGGCACCUCUGCCCCCAGGACUCCCACUGCCGAGCCACCUCCCACCCCCAGUGUGACCAGCCUGCCCUCGGCCACUCUUCCACCAGCUCCGCCCAAAGCCCAGUCCUCCGGCCCGGAGCACCCUGGCCUGGAGUCCUCCCUGCCCUCGGGUGCUCUCAGCAAGUCGGCUCCUGGCUCCUUCUGGCACAUUCAGGCUGACCAUGCCUACCAGGCGCUGCCGUCCUUUCAGAUCCCCGUCUCUCCACACAUCUACACCAGUGUCAGCUGGGCUGCCGCCCCCUCGGCCGCCUGCUCCCUCUCUACGGUCCGGAGCCGGUCGCUCAGCUUCAGUGAGCCCCCACAGCCACCACCUGCAGUGAAAUCUCACCUGAUCGUCACGUCUCCCCCUCGGGCCCAGAGCAGCGCCAGGAAAGCCCGUGGGGAGGCCAAGAAGUGCCGCAAGGUGUACGGCAUCGAGCACCGGGACCAGUGGUGCACGGCCUGCCGCUGGAAGAAAGCCUGCCAGCGGUUCCUGGACUGAGCCCACUGCCGACACCAGAAAGAUCGAGUGCAGGAGUGUGGGGUGUGGGCUCUGCUGGCUAAAGUGUAACACUCGAAACGUUUUCCCCCCUUGUGGGAGGGAACGUUUUAUUUUUUAAAAGAAAUGAAAAAUUUUUUUUUCCCCUAAAGUAGGAGAGAGCCAAAACUGACCAAGGGUAUUCUUCAGCGAACCGGAGACCAAAGAAUGAAUGAUCGUCCCUUCCCCACGUCCCCGUCUCCAGGGGAUCAGCUUGUUCGUAUCAAGAAGGAACAGCUCAUGCUCUUUCCUGCUGAGUUGGUGAAUUCUUUGCUCUCUCAACUCUCCUAGAAAGGACUGUGAGCAAGAUUUUUCUUUACUUUUCUUUAAAAAAGACCCAAGUUUCUGGCUGUUGGCUGACUCAGAGCAGGACUGCCUGGAUGGGGCGGGAGGCGGGGGGGGGGUCUGUGCACUUUUCAGGUGGGGCCCCACUUCCCCGUCCAGGCAGCUUCUACGGAAGUAAAAGGAAAACCCCUUCUUGGUGACAGCUGUUUGAAUCUGGGUUCCCUCCGACAUUGGGUUGCAUCCCAACAAAUCUUAUAUGGCUUCUUUUCAAAGCUCAGACUAACAGAUUUUUAAAGACUGUCCCCAAAUAGCCAAAAGGCUACUAAGAAUUCAUUUUUUGAAAUGUGGCAGUUAAACACUACCUUGAUCAUUCUUUCCUCUUUCCUUGAGGAACUACUGGAGGGUUUCAGUAUCUGAGGAAACCCUCUUCUUACCUGAAGAAACUCCCUCCAGACAUCUCCUCCUCCAGUUAUGGAAAGGACCUCCUAAAACACUUUGUUUUCUUUUAUGUGUAUCGGGAAGGCUUUACAGAUUAAAGCUUCCCUUACUUAGGUGGCCCUGAGACCCUGGAGGCUCCUUUUCGUCUCUGGGCUUCUCCAAGGGUUUCCCCUCAGAGUCCUUGUGGGCGUGCGAUUCACGUGGAGGACAUCUUGUGAGGAAGACGCUGGUGUUUCUGGAGACCGGGCUGUGCUGAAUUUAAUAAGCAAAGCUGUUCUUGUUGAGAAGGAGGGAGAUCUAAGAGCUACGUGCCCUGCCCGCUGAUGAUGCGUGAAGACUGAGCAAGCCAGCCUGAGAGCACAGCACGUUUCUGUUGUGGAGCCCCCUUCCUCUAACUGUCACUUGUGUGGGGAUUCCUCAGGGCCUUGAAUGUGGCCACCUGGUGCCCCGCCAUCUGGAUACGAAUGAGUCCUGGCUCUAUGUCCCAUGUGUUGGGCUCAGGGAAUCCUGCCGAGCCAGCUCUCCUGGGACUACUUGGCAGUAUCCACUCUUGGUUGUCAUUGAGGACGUCCUCUUAGUCCCAAGUGAAAACACCUGGCCACUGAAGGCCCGUGGGCCGGCUUCACAUGGGAAACACACAUACACUUGUUGGUCCAAAAUAGCCUUAUAAAACCUGCAGACCUGAGAAUAGGGGCGUGAUGUUGUGGAGGGUGUAAUGACCUGGGUUGGUGACAGAAGGGACAGGCACUUAUGCACGGGUGUCUUUGGUGGUAAUGGGGUAUAUUUUUAUAACAUAGUAAAAAAAAAAAUGUAUGUGGAAUUCUGUCUCUUCGUAGAGCUUGAAAGCAGGCCAGCCAGGAGUGGCCCAGGGCUUUCCCUGUCCCUUUACAUCCCUUGAGAAUUAAGAGUGGGCAGCAGGUGAGGGGCUUUUCCUGAUCCUCCUCCCUUCCCAUCCUCAGACCUUACUGGUGGCCCGUGGGGACUGCCCAGGAGGGUCUUCCCUUCCUUUCCCUUCCUUUCCCUUAACCAGAGCUCUUGCUGAGUCUCGUCUUUAGAAAAGCUGUUAAUCUCCCCGCUGCCGCCAGUUUGGACCGUGAGGAUAUAACUGGAUACAAAGAUUUCCUCGAUGUGGGGCAGGCUUCUCGUGCCAUUGGUAUGCAGGGCCGAAAAGGAGGCGAGAAGGCAGGAAUCAAUGGGACAGCUUCGCAGCUGAGGUGGUUGUGUUGCUUUGUGCUGGCACAGCCUUCCCCGUCUGCAAUGGCUCCCUGCGCCCUCCUGCCACCUGCUCUCGCAUCCUGUUGCUGUCUGCUGGUUACACAUGGUCUGUCUUGGGGUUGCUCCAUUUGUUUCUUUCUGGAGGGUGGGGGUGGCUGUGAAUUCACACACAGUCAUGCCUGUCUUCAUCUCCGUACAUCCUUCCUCCCCAGCCCCCUGGGCUGCGGCAUCUGCCUGCAGGGGGUGCCACAGGUGUGCUCCUGAAACUAACAGGACUUUAUUUCCAAAGCAGUUAUCUUGGGAAACGGUUUGUUCCAGUGAUGUUCCCUUUCUCCAGAGUAAUUCUUGGAAUUAUCCUUCAAGCCUGUGGUGCUGUGUCUUGAACAGCCUUAACGAUGUUGGGUGCACACCCAUGUGUGCGCAGUGCAGAGAGUCCAGCGAAUGAUGUCUGGUCAGGUGAGGUCUCAGGUGCAGAGCAGAAGGACUAUCAAGUAAAAUGGCUUGGACUUAAUUACAUGGCUUUUAAACUGGCUCUGAAAGCAACUUUGUAAUUUCCGGUGUUUUGAGCAAUGGCCACAUCAUUGUGGUGAGUCUAUAGCUUGACUCCUUGGAGGACUAUAUGAAAUUGGAUGUGGAAACCAGCUUGUUGGAAGAAAUCUGUCCUGUUAUUUUCUGGUCAUCCCAGGUUCUGACUUUACAGGGGCAAAAAAAAAAAAAAAAAAAAAGAUGAGGGAGAUAGACCCCAUCUGUGAAUUUGUCUUAUUGGCGCCUUUCCCCCCAGCUGUCUUCCAAGUAUUAUUUUUACUGUUAAAAAUUUUUUUUAAAAAAUGUGAAAUGUAAUGUUUUUACAGCAACAAUAUGAAAUAUAUUUUA